AUGGCAGAUGACAAGGAAAUUCAGGAACAAACAAUUGCGGACGAGCAAGUUGUUAAGAAAUACAAGGAAGCUGGUGAAAUUGUAAACAGAGUCUUGAAGCAGCUGAUUGAAUCAUGCAAACCAGGCGCAUCAGUCAAAGCCAUUUGCGAGAAAGGAGAUCGCCUUAUGACGACAGAAACAGGAAAUAAAUAUCCAGCUGAUAAGGAGAUGAAGAAGGGAAUCGCAUUUCCAACAUGCUUGUCAAUAAACAAUUGUAUUUGCCACUUUUCGCCAUCAAAAAAUGAUCCAGACUUGUUAAUGAAAGAAGAUGAUAUUGUUAAAAUUGAUCUUGGAGCACAUAUUGAUGGUUUCAUUGCUGUUACAGCUUAUACACUCGUUGUCGGUGCAUCUCUUGAAAAGAAAGUAAAAGGAAGGAAAGCUGAUGUGAUUUUGGCUGCUUAUAAUGCGGCGCAAGCCACUUUAAGAUUAGUAAAGGAAGGCAAAGGAAACUACGGUGUCACAGAAGCAGUACAAAAGAUUGCAGAUUCAUACAAAUGCAAGCCAAUCGAAGGAAUGCUUAGCCAUCAAUUAAAGCAAUUCAAGAUUGAUGGAGAAAAGACCAUAAUACAAAAUCCAACAGCAGCUCAAAAGAAGGAACAUGAAAAGGUUGAUUUUGAGAAUUAUGAGGUAUACGCAAUGGAUGUACUUAUUUCAAGCGGCGAAGGAAAUGGCAAGGAACUCGAUACAAAAGUUUCAAUUUAUAAGAAAACUGAUGUAAAUUAUUUGUUGAAAUUGAAAGCUUCAAAAGCCUUUUAUGCUGAGGUGAAGAGAAAGUACGGAAAUAUGCCAUUUAAUUUGAGAAAUUUUGAAGAGGAAGCAAAGGCUAAGAUGGGUGUUGUUGAAUGUGUAGCACAUAAACUGAUUGAACCUUUCCAAGUUCUCUAUGAGAAGCAUACUGAAUUUGUUGCACAAUUCAAGAGUACUCUCCUUCUACUUCCGAAUGGAACUGUCAUUGCUACUGGAAUCCCAAUUGAUGUCAAUCUAUACGAAAGUGAAUAUAAAAUAGAAGAUGAAGAAUUGAAGAAAAUAUUGGCAGAAAAUCCAAAAGUUAUCCUUCCAUCGUCGUCAAAGAACAAAAAGAAGAAAAAGAAGGCAUCAUCAGGUGCUGAAAAGGAAGUUGCCGAUAAAGCUGAUGAAUAA